AUGAAGUUGAAGCCCCCCAUGCCAAUCCCCCAGUUCCUCGAUGAUUUCAAUUGUUUCUGGUCUGACGCUACUAAGGACAAAUCUCGAGGUAGAGGCAGUGGAGGUCUUCUCCUGGCUGCUAAGAAGCCCAUCAAGCUAGAACUCCUUGAAACAUCGCACUGGUGGAUUUUCUCCAAGGUCUACUGCUCUGAUGCAAAUUUUAUUCUGGGACUAGUUUACUUUCCCUCUGCACGAGAAUUCAACUACCGUUAUGCCCUUAUGAUGCUGCAAGAGACCAAGAGUCAACUCGAGGUAUCCCACGUCGGUCUUCCAUUUAUUAUUGGCGGUGAUUGGAAUGCAAGAGUUGGGAAGGUGACAGAUGUGGACGAGAGUUUCUUUGAAGGAACAAGCCUAACUUGCACGAUGGACAAUCUAGACGUAGUUCUAAACGAGAGGUGCCCCCCCACCGUGGACUUUAUGGCUGCCGCUGGUCUCGCAAUUGUUAAUGGUAGGACUCCCAGUGAUUCCCCUGCUAAUUUUACUUACUGGAAAUUUGGUGAAUCAGUGAAUGACACUAUAUGGUGUUCAGCUGCUAGGCUUGAUCUCAUCAGAGACCUGAGAGUUAUACCGGACAUCACCUGCUCCGACCACUUCCCCCUCAUCCUUAGUCUCUGGUCCAGAUCUCCUCAUUCCUCUCCACCUCCCCCAGUGGUCCCUUCUUCUUGGACAUGCUCCACGCCUAAGAUUGUCUGGAAAGCGGAGAAACUUCAGAAAUUUCAGACUGCGCUGGAGACUCUGGUUUAUACUCCAUUCCCCCAUUGCCUCGUUAGCCCUGAAUUUCUCCAUUCCCAAAUUACUGAUGCUAUCUGGACAGCAGCUGAACAAUCUGGCCUGAUCUCCUCUGCUAAACCCCGUUCCAGGACUGUUCGUUCUGGCCUGGUGACCGCAACCCAUAAAACUUGGUUCGAUAGGGAGUGUGUCUCGCUCAAACUUCAACUUAAAGCAGCCUCAAAAGCCAGUUUUUCUUCAAGAUUUGCCCCCAAAGACAAGGCUGCCCUCACUUUUGCUCAGAAAAGGUACAGCGCAGUCACUUCAGCCAAGAAGGCGGCCCACGAGCGCCAGUUGGCAGAUGGUCUCGCAAAUCUCUCUUCCCCCUCUAUAUUCUGGGCUGCUGUCUCGAAAUGUAGACCGAGACCAGGCUUGAGGAACGCUGGUCUCCCGGUCAGCGUCUGGAAUGAGUUUUACAGAGAUCUCUACCCGCCACGAUCCAAUGAGCCAUUCCUUUUACUCGGGAUAGAGGAUGCUGAACUUGACCAUCAAUUUACUAUCCUUGAAAUUAACAAAGGUAUUGAAAACCUGAAAACGAGCAAGGCACCUGGAUCCGAUGGAAUCACGAACGAGGCCCUCAAAGCCCUUACCCCUUUCUGGGUCUCUCGGAUGUUGGCUCUUUUCAAUAGAGCUCUGGAUCUCGGUCAGAUUCCUGAAAGCUGGUCAAACAUCAUCAUGUCCAUGCUAUUCGAAAAUGGUGAUAGACUCGACCCUACCAACUACCGAGGCAUUGCUCUUAUCAACACCACCACGAAACUCUUCACUGAGUUACUGAGGAAAAGGUUGGAGCCCUGGAGUGAGGCUAGAGGCAUUCUUCCUGAGGUUCAACAUGGGUUUAGACGUGGCCGAAGUUGUACGGACGCAAUCUUCACCUUUCUCUCCGCUGUUCAUCUCCAACUGAGGCUCGGGAAGAGGGAAGUCUAUGCUGUAUUCAUUGACUUUAGACGUGCCUUCGACAGUAUUCCUCAUAAUCUACUGUGGCGGAAGCUGCUGGGUCUGGGUAUCAGCUCCAAGAUCGUCCGUGUACUUAUUUCAGUCCACUCACAGGCAAAUCUCCAGGUUAGGAGCCGGGGUCUUCUCUCCGACAAAUUUGAAGUCACCGAGGGAGUGCUGCAGGGGGAGACUCUCAGCCCCUUAUUAUUUCUCCUCUACAUCUCCGACUUCGAGUCGUUUUUCCGAAGCCGCGGACACAGGGGUUUCAUUAUAGACGGUCAUUCAGACAUUUUACUGCAACUCUUCGCUGACGAUGCUGUUUUUCAGGCCGACUCUCACGUCCGGCUCAAGGCCAUCCUUUCAACACUCUAUGAAUACUGUACAUACAAGGGUCUUGGCGUGAAUACAUCAAAAACCCAAAUCCUCAUUCUGAAAGGGGCCGGCCCUCCGAAAAAUAUCCACCCGGCUUUUACAAUGUUCAAUGGUACUCCCCUGAGUAUUGUUCGCUCCUACAAUUACCUGGGCGUCCAUAUUUCCAGCACAGACAAGAGUAACGAAACAUUGUGA